AAGCAGCGAGGCAUUAGCAGGACAGCGAGCGCGGUAUCAUCAUCAUCAUGCCCAGGGACUACCAGGCCGAGAAAGAGAAAUGCAAGACCUUUCUUCAGGAGUUUUAUAAGGAUGAUGAAUUUGGAAAGAAAAACUUCAAGUAUGGCGUCCAGCUGGCUAAUAUUGCUCACAGAGAGCAGGUUGCACUGUGCAUUGACCUGGAUGACUUGGCUGAGGAGGACCCAGAGUUGGUGGAUGCCAUCUGUGAAAAUACUCGCAGGUACACAAACCUCUUUGCUGAUGCUGUUCAGGAGCUGCUGCCUCAGUAUAAAGAGCGAGAGGUAGUGCAUAAAGAUGCUUUGGAUGUGUAUAUUGAACACCGCUUAAUGAUGGAGCAGAGGGGCAGAGAUCCCAAUGAGAUGCGAGAUCCUCACAACCAGUAUCCACCAGAGCUUAUGCGCAGAUUUGAACUAUACUUCAAAGCUCCAAGUAGCUCAAAGGCCCGUGUAGUACGAGACGUCAAAGCGGAUUCGAUUGGCAAGUUGGUUACAGUUCGAGGCAUCGUCACGAGGGUCACAGAAGUCAAGCCUAUGAUGGUCGUGGCCACUUACACUUGUGACCAGUGCGGUGCAGAGACCUACCAACCGAUUCAAUCUCCGACUUUCAUGCCGCUUAUAAUGUGCCCGAGCAGAGAGUGUCAGACAAACCGUUCCGGUGGCAGGCUUUACUUGCAAACCCGGGGCUCCAAGUUUAUUAAGUUCCAGGAGCUGAAGAUUCAAGAACAUAGUGAUCAGGUUCCAGUUGGGAACAUCCCGCGCUGUAUGAGUGUGUAUGUGCGUGGGGAAAACACCCGCCUCGCUCAGCCUGGAGACCAUGUUGGUAUUACUGGAGUCUUCCUGCCAAUGCUCAGAACUGGCUUCCGGCAGGUGGUACAGGGUCUCCUUUCAGAGACAUACCUCGAAUCUCAUCGUUUAGUGAAAAUGAACAAGACCGAGGAUGAUGAACUUGGCACAGAAGAGCUGAGUGAAGAGGAGCUGCGACAGAUUACUGAGGAAGAUUUCUAUGAGAAGCUAGCAGCCUCCAUUGCUCCUGAGAUUUAUGGCCAUGAGGAUGUGAAGAAAGCCCUUCUUUUGCUAUUGGUGGGAGGUGUUGACCAUUCUCCUCGUGGCAUGAAGAUCAGAGGGAAUAUUAACGUUUGCCUCAUGGGUGACCCAGGAGUAGCAAAAUCACAGCUACUUUCUUACAUUGAUCGUCUUGCACCUCGAAGUCAGUACACAACAGGUCGUGGCUCUUCUGGGGUUGGUCUCACUGCAGCAGUAAUGAAAGACCCAGUGACUGGGGAGAUGACUCUGGAAGGUGGAGCUUUGGUACUGGCAGAUCAGGGGGUUUGCUGCAUUGAUGAAUUUGAUAAGAUGAUGGACUCUGACAGAACAGCCAUUCACGAAGUCAUGGAGCAGCAGACUAUCUCCAUAGCAAAGGCUGGUAUAAUGACCACGUUGAAUGCUCGUUGCUCCAUUCUUGCUGCUGCUAACCCAGCCUAUGGGAGAUACAACCCAAAGAAGACUGUGGAGCAAAAUAUCCAGCUGCCUGCUGCCCUACUGUCUCGAUUUGACCUUCUCUGGCUAAUACAAGACAAGCCUGACCGGGACAAUGAUCUCAGACUGGCUCAGCACAUUACAUAUGUCCAUCAGCACAGCAAACAACCGCCAUCACAAUUCCAGCCUAUGGAUAUGAAACUCAUGCGGCGUUACAUCACUAUGUGCAAGAGCAAGCAGCCUGCCAUUCCAGAAUCCCUUGCCGAUUAUUUGACAGCUGCCUAUGUGGAGAUGAGAAAAGAAGCCAGAACCAACAAAGAUAUGACCUUCACUUCUGCCAGAACCCUAUUGUCUAUCCUGAGAUUGUCUACAGCCUUGGCUCGGCUGCGUCUGGAAGAUGUAGUGGAGAAAGAGGAUGUAAAUGAGGCCAUGAGGUUGACUGAAAUGUCAAAGGACUCGUUGCAAGGAGACAAGGGCCACGCUUCAAGGACUCAACGGCCGGCUGAUGUGAUCUUUUCAACUAUCCGCGAGAUGGUCCCAGAAAAAGGUGCUCGCAGUGUUAAAUACUCGGAGGCUGAGCAGCGCUGUGUGUCUAAAGGCUUCACCCCUGCCCAGUUUGAGGCAGCCUUGGAGGAGUAUGAGGAGCUUAAUGUUUGGCUGGUUAAUCAGGCCCGCACCAAGAUCACAUUUGUCUAAUGAUGCUUCUGUAUGUUACUGGUCAGGAAAGUCUUGGGAUGGGAUUUUGCAGCUGUCCCAGUAAUUCCCUGUGAUCAGCUUGGCUGCAAGAUGUGCUCUUUUUUUUUUGUAAGGUAAAAGGUCAAUAACACAACCACCUGUUUUAAUUAUCCAAAAAGUCGAUGUGAUUAGUAUUGUCUUUAAAUAUGUUAACAUGGACAAGUAACUGGUGAUCUCAAUACAGUCUGCCUCCUGUGGAACUCGGUAUUCCAGGCCUGGAUAGGAGGAGACUGAUUUUUCACUCUGUAAAUAGUUAUCAUGUGGUCUCUGAAGAACUUUCAAUAAAGAUGUUUUAGUAGG